AUGGACGACUUCCACCACUUCACCAGCCCGGAUGCUCUCUUCGACUUCGGCGCUGCCCAGUUCCCUCACGACCCACGCUCAGACGCCUACCCGCCAUUCAUCCACCAACCCAAUCCCAAUCCUCCACCACACGCCUCACAGCACGCCUCACAGCACGCUGCACAGCACGCUUGGGGCACACACAUACCGCUCGACGCCAUGGACCACCACCACCACCACCACCAUCAUCAACAACAACAACAACAACAACAACAACAAUACCCAAAUCACCAACAACAUCACCAACAACAUCACCAACAACCUCACCCACAUCCCCAGCCCGCGCAUUCAUACCCCGCCUCGUCGAAUCAACACGACGCUCAAUACGCCGCCGAUGCCUCGCAACAGCAGCCCAGCCGGCCGAAUAGCAAUCAGAGCAACCAGCCCUUCACCACCACCACCACCACGCUCGAUGUCGACUACGCGUCCAUGUUCCCCAACACCUGGCAAUAUCAGCUGCAGCAACACGCCGCUCAGCAGCAGCAGCAGCAUGUCGCUCAGCAGCAACCGCACCAGCACCAGCAACCGCAGACUCAACAACAGCAGUAUGCUGCUCGGGCCGCUGGUGGCUUGGCCAUGAACGCCUACCACCCGCCUUCUUUUGGCGGGCAACUCCAGGCCUCGCCGGUCGAUUUCAUGCCCGCGACGACUGCUGACAGCUACGCGGUGACCGCAGGAAUGGACUCUGCAAACUUCAUGGCCAUGGCCGGUCCCAUGGAGUCCAUGAACGCCCUCGUCUACCCUCUGAACGAUUAUCAAAAUGAUCUCAUGUUCCCCCUGGGCCUCAACACCGCCUUCACUCAACAGGCCGCCGAAUCAGUCAACUCCAGUAUGCCUGGCAGCUCACCUACCGGCACCGUUCUGGAGGUCCAGUCUCUGUCGGAUAACGAGAGCUGGUCCAUGAUCAACUUCCAUCCCAACCGCCAGUCGAUCGAUUCCGUCGGCACCGUCUCCAACCCGAGCCAAAACCUCCACAUUCGCACAAACUCUGACUCGUCUUCAUCCGAUGGCCCUAGCUCAGCCGACCUGUCGGGAAGCUACGAGGAGAUCCCUCCAUGGCCGCUCAGCUCGCCACACGAUCUCCACGGCCAAGACUAUCUCGAUGCACACUACUUCCAACAGACAAAUGGUCUGCCCAUUCAAUCACAACACCAGCAGGCCUCCCCGUCGUCAUCGUCAUUAGCCGUCAGCCCAUCCGGUACCAGCAACGCGGUCUCAUACCGAUCGUCGGGCUCAUCCACGACGUCGCCGACAUCAUCCGGUCCAACGUCGCCGCCACUCAGGCGUCGCAAGUCGCCGUUGGAGGGCAAGACUACCAAGGCUGUCAUCAAGAAGUCGUCGCCGCACAGCACCCGGAAGGAUAGCACCGCCGAGAAGAAGGUGGGCCGAAGACGAGGUCCUCUCCGACCCGAGCAGCGCCAGCAAGCCCAUGAGAUCCGCAAGCUGCGCGCAUGCCUGCGAUGCAAGUUCUUGAAGAAGACUUGCGACAAGGGAGAGCCAUGCGGUGGCUGCCGUCCCAGUCACGCACGCUUGUGGCAGGUCCCGUGCACGCGCAUGGACAUCAAGGACAUCGCCUACUUCAUGAAGGACUGGAAGGCCGACUACGAGCGACACGUCAGCCUCGGGUUUAGCGUCGGUAACAUCAAGGGCUUCAGUACCCUCGAGCGCACCCUCUACAUCACACACGGUUACGGCCACUACCUACCCAUCAACGCGCGCGAGAUCUUUGUUCGCGAUGACGGCUGCUUCAACGUCGACUGGAUCGAGACGACACGCAGUGAGAACCCAGAGGAGUUUGAGACUCCCACCGCCAAGCUAUCCGCUGGUAUGGAGGGCGUCAGCACUACCCUGCUCUCCGAAUACCUCGAUCGCCACUUGGACCAAGGCUUUGAAUACUUCGUGGACGAGUACUUUGAGGGAACCAAGUUCUUGACCGAGAUCCUGAAGACCGCCUACCGUUACUACCAGAAGGAGAAGACCCCAUCAAUACGAAAGGCACUCAAGCUCGUACUGGCGUACAACCUCACACUGCACGUGACCAUGGUGGAAGGUCUUUCGGAAGAGGAGCAGUACUCUGGCAGAGUGUUCGACGAGAAGUCCAAGUUCAACGGCAAGACCGUCGCGCCGGUCAUGAUCAACUUUCAAGUCAAGUGCGCCCUCGCCGACAUGUGGCGUGAACUGCAGAAGGACAUCCUCGAGGAGCUGUCUGCGCUCUACUCCUCCGUCUAUUCCGGUGACAAGCUCAAGAACUGGCCGACGAUCUUCAUGCUCGCUGCCAUCCUGCUUGCCAUCUGGGAGGAGAUGCAGUUCGACUGCCACUACCGCGUGCCAGACGAGAGGGCCGUCAACAAGUUCUGCGAUGAGAUGGAGACCACUCCGGUCGGCGUCAUCGUCGGCCUCUUCCAAGCCAUCUCGACCAAGCUCCCCGGCCUCCAAGAGUGGGACACCAAGAAGCAUCACCAGCUGCUGGGGUCGAACCCUGCCGUCUGUGACGCCCUGACCGAGGUCAGAGGCCACAUCAAUAAAUACGGUCAGUACCGUGAACACCUCACCGUCACCCCUAUACUGAUGUCUACCACAGAGAAAUAUCUCAAGGAGCGGCAGAGCAAUGCCAGCUUCGACCGCGAUGACUUUGACUGCCUCAGCAACAAAUUCCUGAGCAAGCUCGUCAUUCGCGCCAACUAG